GCGCGUGCGAGGCUAAGGCGAUGGUUGGUAGGCACUAACGUUGGUUGGCCUAGGCACCGGCUGGUAGGUGCACGUAAGGCUAGGACAUUGGCAAGCGUACACGCUGCAGAAGCCUACCGCCCAUGGUGUGCUACGUGGGGAGAGGCUCGUACGCUAGGUUGGUGCACGCUAACAUUGACAAAGUUAUGCGCCGGGGUGAGGGAUGUUGCUGCUUGUGUGUGUGGGUGA